AUGGAUUAUGGUGACAUCAUGGAGGUUGAAACUUCUGGGGCUUCUUGGGAAACAUCUAACGGAAACAAGCUGCGGUACUCAGGUGUGAAGGCAUCAGAAGCCAUGGCAAAAGAGGAUGCCGACAGAAUGAAAACGUACAGGUCCAAAAUCAACAAAGUGGGAGAAAAAUAUGGGAUCGCUCCAGCUCUCAUUGCUGCCAUCAUCUCCAGAGAGUCCAGGGCUGGAAACGACUUACAUAACGGCUGGGGAGACUAUAGAGGAGGAGUCUAUAACGCCUGGGGACUGAUGCAGGUUGAUGUGGAUCCAAAAGGAGGUGGUCACACUGCAGAGGGCGAGUGGGAUAGUGAGGAACAUCUCCGCCAAGGCACAAAGAUCUUGGUUGAUUUUAUCGAAAUAAUCCGCAAAAAAUUUCCAGGCUGGAGCACCGAGCAGCAGCUGAAAGGAGGGAUAGCUGCCUACAAUCAGGGCGACGGAAAUGUCCAUUCCUAUGAAAAAGUGGAUGAGAUUACAACAGGCGGAGACUAUUCCAAUGAUGUUGUUGCCAGAGCUCAGUGGUACGCCGACAAUGCAGACUUUUAAAACCUCCACAGCAGGAAAAAACUUCUGCAAAUCAUGAAGGAAACACUCCUACUCCUACUUAACUAAAUAAACAUAAUGCAAAGCAAAAAUAUGUCUGUGUCUGUGCGAGUGUAAUUUGAAAAACAAAAACAAAACUGUUAAUCCUUUUUAAAAAUCUUUAAUGAUGUAUUUUUCAACAACUGUAACUCUUCAGAAGCAUCUAAAACUGUUGUACAACUCGGAUUCCCAAAAAGUAUGGAUGCAUGUAAAAAAAGAAAGAAAAAAAGAAAGAAACUAAAUAAAAACUGAAUGCUUCAAAUACAGAGUGUAUAUGUGAGUCCCACUUACAUAAAUACAUAUUGCCUUUGUAC